AUGGCCCUCUUCUCACCCUCAAUAUCCGCUCUCCACACCCUAAAGUCAACACCAAAAACUAUUCUCAUAACGGGAGGAUCUUCCGGCAUUGGUCUGGCAACAUCAACCCUCCUCUCAACCCUGAACCCCUCCCACAACCUCGUCGUGCUUGACCUGCGACCCCCGCCCAAAUCCUUCAACCAUCCCUCCUCGAAUCUUCUAUUCCACGAGUGUGACAUCACCUCCUGGGUCUCCCAACGCGCUGGUUUUGAAGCAGCACACAAACGCUUCGGCCGUAUAGACUGCGUCUUCGUCAACGCAGGAAUCGCCGAACAAGGCGACCAAUUCUUCAACGACACGCUCGAUAGUGAUGGGAAACUCGCUGAGCCAGAUCGGAGAACGUUGACCCUGGAUAUGGAUGCCGCGGCCGAUACAACGAAACUCGCUAUCCACUACUUGCGGAAGAAUGGAAAAGACGGGGGUUCAAUUGUGUUAACAGCCAGUCUGGCAGGCUAUCUAGCUUCAGCAGGAGCACCAUUGUAUUCCGCGGCGAAACAUGGUGUUGUGGGCUUGAUGCGAGCGUUAAAGCAAGAGUGUGCGAAACUAGACAUUAGCAUAUCGGUUGUUGCGCCUGCGAUAACGGUCACGCCUAUUUUGACGGCGAACAACAGCGUCUUGGCUAUGGAGCCGGAUGUAUAUGCGAAGGAGAUGGCGAAAGCGGGUGUACCGAUUAACAGACCGGAAGCUGUUGCUUUGGCGGUGUGCUGGUUGUUGAACGAGGGGACCAAGGCCAAUGGUGCGGGCAUAUUCAUCCAAGCAGAUCGAUUUGCGGAUUUGGAGAAAGGCUUGGCGAAGAGCAGACAGGCGUGGAUGGGUAAGGAGAUGUUAGAUCUGUUUCGUGGGGGGAGAAACGCGCCAUUGUUUGCGAGGCUGGAGCAGGAGGGGGAGCCAAAGGCGAAGAUAUGA